CGGAGCAUGUACACAACUUAUCCAGUCAUACGGCGCUGACGAUCAAGUUUUGAUUUUCGCCUAUUCACGCCAUUCGAGCAUAUAAACAAUUUUUGAUUGGAACAGUAAUAUUUUAAUAUUUAUAUCUACGAUUCGAUAAAAAAUGAGUUCUAUAGGCACAGGGUAUGACUUGUCUGCUUCUCAAUUUUCACCUGACGGACGUGUGUUUCAAGUCGAAUACGCGCAGAAAGCCGUCGAGAAUGGAGGAACGGUCAUAGGACUGAGAGGAAAAGAUGGCAUUGUAUUCGCUGUGGAGAAGAUAGUUACGUCGAAGCUCUACGAGGUUGGCACGAACAAAAGAAUAUUCAAUAUAGAUCAACAUGUUGGUAUGGCAGUUUCUGGUUUGAUAUCAGAUGCUAGACAGAUCGUAGAGAUUGCUAGGUCAGAAGCAUCUAGCUAUAAGUCUCAAUAUGGGAUCGGUAUCCCUUUGAAAUAUCUAAACGAAAGAGUUUCCAUGUACAUGCAUGCAUACACUUUGUAUUCAGCAGUCAGGCCAUAUGGCUGUUCAGUAAUUCUUGGUGCCUAUGAGCACGAUGGUCCAGCUAUGUAUAUGAUAGAUCCUUCUGGAGUUUCGUAUGGAUAUUAUGGUUGCGCCGUUGGCAAAGCAAAACAGUCAGCAAAGACGGAAAUUGAAAAAUUGAAGUUAUCUGAAAUGACUUGCAACGAAUUAGUAAAAGAAGCAGCGCGUAUAAUCUACCUCGUUCACGAUGAAUUGAAAGACAAACAGUUCGAGCUUGAAAUGAGCUGGGUUGGUAAACACACGAACGGAAGGCAUGAACGUAUACCAGCUGACAUAAAAUCCGACGCCGAGACAAAAGCAAAACAAGCAAUGGCGGAAGAUUCAGACAGUGAGACAGAAGACAUGUUAUAAUUUAAUAAUAUGCCAUAAUUUAUAUCUACAAUUGCUACAGCAAAUUUUUUGUCAACAAUAAUUCAGUCAAAUAAAGAAUACCGUCUGUUGUUUAUAAAA